UGAAACGAGAGGGGGUCAGCGAGCGUAUUUAAAUCAAUUCAAUUUCCUUCCGCUUGCUCCUCGAUUCAUCUCUGCUCUCUCCGUGCACGACCCGUCCAUAUUCACAACUGCCACAUCUGCCACGUCCGGUCAAAGUCAUCCGCCAAUGGAUCCGCCCAGAUUCCUCAUCCAAGCACCGGAAGCCAGAUCCUUGGCGGAAUCCUCCGCCCUCCCUCUCCCCCACUUCCUCCUCUCCCUCGUCUCCUCCGCUCAGUCCCUCGCUCGCCACCCCAUUUCCAACUUCCCCGUCGCCGCCGUCGGUCUCGGCCCUUCCGGCCGCAUCUUCAUCGGCGUCAACCUCGAGUUCCCCGGUCUCCCCCUCCACCAGACCGUUCACGCCGAGCAAUUCCUCCUCACGAACCUCUCCCUCAAUGCGGAGCCCCGUCUCGACUGCUUCGUCGUUUCCGCAGCCCCGUGCGGCCAUUGCCGCCAAUUCCUCCAAGAAAUUCGCGAUGCCCCGAACAUCAAGCUCCUCAUCGCCUCCGAUGAAACCCGAGAUUUUACCCCUUUGUCGAAAUUCCUAUCCCACAGAUUUGGACCCCACGACCUUCUCCCCGAGGACGCUCCUCUGCUUUUAGAACCGCGCCACAACGGGCUCUCCAUCUCGGAGGAAAGCCAUGACUUAGCGAAUGGGUACAUAGUGAACGAGGAACUGAAGAUAGCGGCUUUAGAAGCUGCUAACAAGUCUCACGCACCGUACAGUGGGUGUCCCUCGGGGGCGGCUCUGAUGGACGGCGGCGGCAAGAUAUACAAAGGGUCAUACAUGGAGUCGGCGGCUUUUAACCCGAGCAUGGGGCCGGUGCAGGCGGCGUUGGUGGCGUUCGUGGCAGGUGGAGGAGGGAAAUACGAGGAAAUCGUGGCGGCGGUGUUGGUGGAGAAGGUGGGAGCGACGGUGAAGCAGGAGGGAACAGGGAGGCUGCUGAUUCAGUCCAUCGCGCCAAAGUGCCAGUUCAAGGCGCUGCCCUGCAGCAACACCCCAACCUGAUUUUAUUGUACUAUCUAUCCACCCUUAAUUUAAAGAGAAAAAAAAAUCAUUGCACUAUUUCAGUAGUUACUAUGUUUAUAAUACAAAUCCAAUAUUAUACCUAAAAAUUUAAUUCUACUGGCACAUGAAGUGAAUAAAAAGUUGGCCAAAA